AUGACGAUUCGCUUCAUCUUACUGGUCAACAAGCAGGGCCAGACCCGCGUCGCGCAGUAUUACGAGUACAUGCGCCUCGAGGAGCGGCGCGCGUUGGAAGGAGAGAUCGUGCGCAAGUGCCUCGCGCGAUCCGAGCAGCAGUGCUCGUUUGUGGAGCACCGCAAUUACAAGGUGAUUUACCGGCGGUAUGCAUCGCUAUUCUUCCUCGUCGGCGUGGAUGGUGAAGAGAACGAGCUGGCAAUAUUGGAGUUCAUACACUGCAUCGUGGAAACCAUGGACCGAUACUUCGGCAACGUGUGCGAGCUGGACAUCAUGUUUCACCUGGAGAAGGCGUAUUUCAUGCUGGACGAGAUGGUCAUGAACGGCUGUGUCAUGGACACCAACAAGCUCAACGUGCUCGCUCCCAUCCAACUCAUGGACAAGUCCUCGUAG